AUAUAGCAGAACAAAAUCUAGCAGAUAGAAGUAAUUUAAAUGCUGUAUCCACACAAGGAUAAAUAAGUCCAAUAUCAGAGGAUUCUUCAGUAACAAUAUAAACUUGUUAAAAAUGGAGAUUGAACAUAAAUAUACAUUUGUGCCUCUUGUUCAAAAAAAUCUUAUUAAUAUAAACGAUAAAAAAAUUCAAGAAUUUCUUACUAAAUGGGGAAUUAAAGGAAAUUUUAUUAUCCAGCAUUUUACAUUCAACGAACCUUUUCAAAAAUAUCAUAAAUAUCAUUUGGCUGAAGCUUUUUUUAAAGAUAGUACUGUUGCUAAAGAAUUGUUAACAAAGCAAGGAAAUUAUUGGGCAAAACAAGAUAUAAUAGCAUCAAGUGUAGAAAUAAAUCCUAUUUCUUGUUCUGUUUUAAAUAUGUCUUUCUUCAAUAAAUUAAAAGAUCCUAAAAAUGGAAUUGUGCACAAAUCUGGAGCAAUUUGUAAAAGAUUUGAUAUGGAAAUAGAAAAUUUUCUAAUCUCUGAUAAUCUUAGAGCAAUGUUAUUAGAUGAAGAAUGUCCAGAGUAUAAUUUAUAUUUAAAAGAUGAACGAGAAGAAUUUAUAUUUUUUAUUUUUCAAAUGCUUGUUCUUGGAGGAAUAUUGUGUCAAUAUGAAGAUAUUUUAAAUCCAUAUUUAGAAGUAACAAAAGCUAUGUAUAAGGAUUUAAUAAAAGUACAAAAAAAUGAAGAUACUGAUUUAUCAAUUAGUACAAUAGUUUUACAGGUAAUAGCUAAAGAUAGUAAAGGAGAAGCAUAUUUUCCAUAUGAUCCAUCACAUAUGCAAAAUAUAGGAUUUCUAUUAAUUGACAGCGUAACUCAUGAAAUUACAACAUUUUUGCAUCAAUUUGGCGAAUAUUGUCUUUCACAAUAAUUAUAAAAAAAA